GCGGCGGCGGCGGCGGCGGCGGCGGCCGAGUUGGAGCAGUCGCCGCCCGUCAGGCCGCCGCGCGUUGUCUCUCGGCGGCGCGGCGCAACGCUUCUCCCGGUGGCGCGGCGGGUUCGGAGGGUCGGCCGCCGGGCACAGGUUUCCUGUAAGACAGAAAAAUGGAGGAAUCUGUAAACCAAAUGCAGCCACUGAAUGAGAAGCAGAUAGCCAAUUCCGAAGACGGAUAUGUGUGGCAGGUCACUGAUAUGAAUCGGCUACACCGGUUCCUGUGUUUUGGUUCUGAAAGUGGGACUUACUAUAUCAAAGAACAGAAGUUGGGCCUUGAGAAUGCUGAAGCUUUAAUUAGAUUGAUUGAAGAUGGCAGAGGGUGUGAAGUGAUACAGGAAAUAAAAUCAUUUAGUCAAGAAGGCAGAACCGCGAAACAGGAGCCUAUGCUCUUUGCCCUGGCCAUUUGUUCCCAGUGUUCCGACAUCAGCACAAAACAAGCUGCCUUCAAAGCUGUUUCUGAAGUUUGCCGCAUUCCUACACAUCUCUUUACUUUCAUCCAGUUUAAGAAAGAUUUGAAGGAAAGCAUGAAAUGUGGCAUGUGGGGUCGUGCCCUCCGGAAGGCCAUAGCAGACUGGUACAAUGAAAAAGGUGGCAUGGCCCUUGCCCUGGCUGUUACAAAAUAUAAACAGAGAAAUGGCUGGUCUCACAAAGAUCUGUUAAGAUUGUCGCAUCUUAAACCUUCCAGUGAAGGACUUGCUGUUGUCACCAAAUAUAUUACAAAGGGCUGGAAAGAGGUCCAUGAAAUGUAUAAAGAAAAAGCACUUUCUGUGGAGACUGAAAAAUUAUUAAAGUAUCUGGAGGCUGUAGAGAAAGUGAAGCGCACAAGAGAUGAACUGGAAGUCAUUCAUCUGAUAGAAGAACAUAGACUGGUUAGGGAGCAUCUCCUAACAAAUCACUUAAAGUCUAAAGAGGUGUGGAAGGCUUUGUUACAAGAAAUGCCUCUUACAGCAUUACUAAGGAAUCUAGGAAAGAUGACCGCUAAUUCAGUGCUUGAACCAGGAAACUCAGAAGUGUCUUUAGUGUGUGAAAAACUGUGUAAUGAAAAGCUCUUAAAAAAGGCUCGUAUACAUCCAUUUCAUGUUUUAAUUGCAUUAGAAACUUACAAAACAGGUCAUGGGCUUAGAGGAAAACUGAAGUGGCGCCCUGAUGAAGAAAUUUUACAAGCUUUGGAUGCCGCUUUUUACAAGACGUUUAAGACAGUUGAGCCAACUGGAAAGCGUUUCUUACUGGCAAUUGAUGUCAGUGCUUCAAUGAACCAAAGAGUUUUGGGUAGCGUACUCAAUGCUAGCACAGUAGCUGCAGCUAUGUGCAUGGUUGUCACACGAACAGAAAAAGAUUCUUAUAUAGUUGCUUUUUCAGAUGAAAUGGUACCAUGUCCAGUGACUACAGAUAUGACCUUACAACAGGUUUUAAUGGCUAUGAGUCAGAUCCCAGCAGGUGGAACUGAUUGCUCUCUUCCAAUGAUAUGGGCUCAAAAGACAAAUACAGCUGCCGAUGUCUUCAUUGUAUUCACUGAUAACGAGACCUUUGCUGGACAUAUCCAUCCUGCUGUGGCUCUGAGGGAGUAUCGAAAGAAUAUGGAUAUUCCAGCUAAAUUGAUUGUUUGUGGAAUGACAUCAAAUGGUUUUACCAUUGCAGACCCAGAUGAUAGAGGCAUGUUGGAUAUGUGUGGCUUUGACACUGGAGCUCUGGACGUGAUUCGAAGUUUCACAUUAGAUAUGAUUUAAUCAUAAGCACCAGCACAGUCUGAGAGGUCCAUCACCAUCAGUGAUCUUGUUAAAAACACACAGCUACUUCCCAGGCAGUCUUAAUCCAAUAAAAGACAGUAGAAUGAUGGUAUAGUAUGUGCAUAAUGGAAAGUUUACCUUACCAAAAAAAAGGAAGGAAUGGUAAGAUGAGCCCAAAGUUCUUUCCAUCUACUAAACAAACUCUUGGGAAAUAGCUUCAGAAUACACUGUAGGCCCCUCUAUCUAAUAGAGAACUUCUUGUUGGGACACUGUAAAAUAGUCAGACAGUUUUGCUUUGGUGAAUAAUCACAUUUGUACUUAAAAGAAGUAAGAGCCAAAAGUGUAAGUAGUUCCAUAUCAUGUCACUUGUUUGAGAAAUGCCUAAAGUUUUCUUAAAUGUUUUCAUUGGUGAAGGACAACUUUGAUACUGUCCAAAUAUUCUGAAAUGCACUGGACCAUGUAACUGUGAUGGAAUAUGAAACUCAUUUGUAAACUUUUAUACCAAGGGGGUAAAAACAAAACAAGCAAACAAAAAAAAACCAAGACAUUUGAUUAUGAAUGAGUUUUACAAAUUCCUUUAACAGUUUUCUACAAUCAUAUAAAUAGCAGCUUUCUGAGUCUGUGAAAAAGAUAUUUUGUCUCUGAUAUUUAAUUUACACUUGUAGAAUUGUUACCAUUAACUGGAAACAUAAUGGAAACCCUGAGAAGAGAUCUAAAGUUUGUGUCAGCUGAGGAAGUCUAUUUUGGUUGCUUUUGUUUUGCUUAUGGCUGUGACUUGACAGUUUCUGCUGGCUUGUAACAACAUAGCAACAUGUAGGCAAACUUUCUUUUUUUCAUACUCUUAAAUGAAAACAUAAGAUGUUGCAAGCUAUUAACUCCCCCAGUCAUAAUCUAACAGUAUGACAAUUAAAAUCUCAGAUUUAACCAGAUUAGCUUUUUCCUUACUUUAAAAAGUUUUAAUUUUAUCUAUUUUUUUUAGCCAAUUGUAAAUGGGUUUUAGAUAUUUCUAAUUGUAAACAUGUUAGUGAUCUCCUCUCUCUUUGUCCAGUAUUCAUUUGUGGCUCUUUGUCCAUUAUUCAUUUGUAACAAAACAUCCUUUUUUGAUAGGGAAAAAAAAUAAUUAAGCAAACUAGGUCUUUCAGGUUUGAAAGGCAGUUUUUGAGUGACAUAUUACCACUAAUCAGUCUGUAAGAAAUUUUUUCUAUUUUAUUUGUGUAUAUUAAACUUCCUGUUCAUUAUAAAGUGCAUUAUUUUCUUGAGCAAAUAUCCCUUCUGUGUGGGGAGGUUUAACCUGUUAAAAUGCCAGUAUAUUUGCUCAUAAUUAUAUCAUGGUUGUCUAAGAUAAUGUACACAUAAAACUUCAGUUUUUAUGUAUUGUUCUUUAAAUGUAUUUAAAGAUUUACUGGGGAUUUAUAAAGCCCUUCUCAAUAUUAUAUGAAAAGUCAAACUAGUAAAUGUAAAAUAUAGAUUUUCACGUGCUUGGGGGUUAGAGUUUAUGUUUUGGGCGUCAUUGGGACUUAAGUAAUGUUAGAACUUGUGUAUUUUCUUCAGUUUCAUGAGAAAUUGGGCUCUGGGAGUGACAAGAAAAUGUUCCUUUUAAACUUAUUUGAUAUAUUAAUGCCGGCUUUGUCUGAUAUGUAGCCAUUCCUUCAAGGCCACUGGGUAGCAAUUUGUAAAUAUUGUGAUUUACCUGAGAUUUUUGUCAGCAAAACUAGUAACGCCACUACCCACCCCGCCAAAUACAUUGCUUCUGAUAUCUUUGUUUUUUAUCCUCUGUCGGGCAUUGGAUUUGACAUGUUAGCUACUUUUGAUACAUUAAAAUAUUAUAUUCAGAUUGAAUUUGAAGUUUAAAGAACCUAAUAGAAUUAUGUAAUAGUACUUGAAUUCUUUAAGUAAACCCAAGAUCUUCUUAAAGUAAAAAUUAUAACAUGAUCUAACUUUUUAUUCCCAAUAGAAAUGUUAAGUGGAAUAUAGUAUAAACCUUUAUUUCCUUCGGUUAAACACCAUUUCUAUAUUGUUUUUAGACAUAUAUUCAGGAACUAAUAUUAAAUUCAUUAGAGAAAUAAAAUUAGAUGUGACCUUUUUGAAGUCACAUAGAUAAGUCUAUGAAAUGGUAAGAUCUGAGAAAGAAGAAAGAACUAAAAGCCAGCGCAGAAGGUAGCUUUAUUUUCAAAUCAUGGAGCUUUAGAGCUGGAAGAAACCUUAGAAAUUUAAAGGUAGUUGUUUGAUUUAGGUUAGGGAUCCGAGGUCUGAGAGGGUGUGACUGCAGCCCUAGAUCUAGAAACCGUGGUCUCUUCAUUCCCGUUCCAGUGUUCAUUUCCCCACAGUGGGAAGACACUGACUUACAAGAGUAGGGGAUAAAGUAGAAUUACCUGAGACUUUUAUCUUUUUUAGGUAUUAGGAAAUAAUGUGUAUACAUGAUUGCUUUAGGAGUAGAAAACCGAGAAAUUGUGAACAUGUAUACUUUUGUAGUUCAUAGUAACCCUCAAGCACAAUUAAUGUCUUUAUAACCUGUGUUGCAUAGUCACAUAGAAAGAAUAAAAAACUUUACCUCAUUAUGAAUAAAAUGUACUCAAGUGAUAAAGUUUUAUUUUCUGAAUUACUUUUAGCAUUACUGCUGAUUAGGAAAAUGUUGCUUUUAAAAGACAAUACUAAGAAAAAUAAACUUUAUUUCCUAGAAAAUAUGUAAAUAUUUUCAGGAUAUAGUUGUAAUUAGUAAAACAAAAACUAAUAACCCUACCCUUUUCCUGUUAGUUGAAAUUUCUUGGAAAUUCCACUUACUAACACUGUUAUAUAUUAUUUAGUUUAGUGGUCAUUUUAUGGAAAUAUUGGUGAGGAAGAUGCUAGGGAAUGGGAUUUAGCAUUACCCUUCUGAAACCUCUUUUGCUUUAUCUGACUUACUGUGUGACUGUAGACACCCAAUUUAACCUAUCUGAUUCAAUUUUGCUCUUUUUAAAAAGUAACAUAUCUGAUGCUUGGAUCAUAGAAGAAUCGAUGAUUUUACAUCUGUAUAAAACUUGAAAUUGGGGAGAGGGCUUGCAAUACAAAUUAGAACUUUUUUUUUAAUUAAAAACACUUUUAAUAGGAUAUAUGUUUUGAAAGGUAAAAUAUUUUAGAAAAACAGCUCAAUAGGCGCAAUUUUUUUUAAACACUCCUAUUCUGAACGGGAAAAUGUCAAAGAAAAAUUUUAACAGUAAAGGUAAUGACUAAAGAAGUCACUAUUCUCUGAUACGAGAAAGAAGGAAUAUAUUCCAAGUCUAAGAUUCCAUUAGAUAGGCCAAGAAAAACAAACUCAUACUCUAAAUGAGAAGAUGGUCUUACAACCAUUUGCUUAAUCUUUUAAAAUAACAGGGAAAUCUACAAAUGAUAGAAUAACAGUUCAUCAGGCUUUUUUUAAAAUUAUUUGGGGAAUUUAAGAAAGAAUUCCUGAAUAAAUUUGAGGAUAUGACAAGAAAUAUCUUUAGAAGCACAAUAAAGCUACAGCUAAACAAUAAUUAAAGGGAAAGGAUUGUGAUCACUUAUUGGACUUAUUUUAAUUUGACCUAAAUAUACCCACAAAGUUCUCAAUAAGUCCCUUACAGAUAGUAAUCAAAAAUGAAAAAUUCUAGUCCUAUGUAUCACAGACUGGGUGAUUUGUUAAGGCUAUAUCCCCUCUAGAUAAAUGUCAGAUAGCUUCACUGUAAACAUGCAAAAGGGAGAAUUAGAAAAAGAUAAGUUAAAUUAUUGCAUUAGUUGUAUUUACUCAAUGCAUUUAAUUUAGUAUAUCCCAGUUGCUCCCUAGUCCCUUAUUUGUUGGAAGAUUACUUCUAUACCUUUUUUUUUCUUUUAAAAUUCCUUUCUUCUGACAUUUUGGUCUUUUGUUUGUUUUUCUAGUCCUGCUCUACCUGAGUAACAAAAUAAAUGACAGGAAAGUCACUUGCAUUUAAAUUGGAAAUUUAAGAGGUAAUUUUUUGAUUUAGGUUAGGGAUCUAGCUCUUAGAAAAAGCACUCUUUGAAAAAUAAUUAAGUGCAUACUCUCAGAAAAUAGCAUGUCUCAGUGCUCAUAUUCCCAUAAUUAUAAAGACCACCCACAAAAUCUUUGGUCUACCAAGUACUUCACAGAGCUUAUAUAUACAUGGCUUGUAGUGUAAAAGAUCUGGUAAAUGAUUUGUAUCCACAUUCAACAUUUUUUUAAUUGGUGUUUUAUUUGCUUUUGAAAAAUUAUUAUUAAGUUAAUUUUAAAAUCCUAUGGUAAUAUUUUUCAUGCAGAAAACGAAUAAUAUAGUUAAACUUACUGUCUGAAUAGAAUUACAGUAAAUGACACAUUUUCCUAAACCCUGAAAAUACCAUAUAUAGCAAAUUGGUAGAAACAUAAACUUAGGAGUUACGUUGCAAAAUUCAGUUGCUGAAAUGAAGGUGAUUAUUUUCAAUGAGAACUAAUUUUGUAAAUAAAAUGAAAAGAUAUAAAAGAUGUUUCUGAGCCUAAGGAGAUUUUUCCCUUUGCUUCUGUUUAAUUUAGCACCACUCUGUGUCAUAUUAAUUUUAUGAACACAAGUGAUAUUUCAUUUUUAAAUAUAUUUAAAUUUCUCUGCUUUUAGGAGUUAACCAGAAUCUGUGCUUGAACAAAAGAAAUAGUAAGUUAGUUACAUUUUGCUGGUUUCACUUAAUGAACACUUGGAUUGUUAAGGGUAGUAAGUGAGGUUAAAGUCUUGCUAUUUUAUAUACCACCACAUAAUUGAUGGAGUAUUAUAUCAAUACAAUCACUGUAUUGACACUUCUGUUUAAAUUACUUAUUAGGUUUUAUUUGCAAUGUCAACUGUUUAGAAUCCAUACAUAGCCAAAUUAAACAUUAUACAAUUAAUGAGUAGUAACCAAGAAAAAAUAUUUUUGUUCACUAUUAUUUUAAAGAUGGGAACUGCUUGUAAUUUGGUAUGUUGUGACUAGACAUAACUUGUAAUGCAUUUGAGUUAUAUUUUCUUCCUUUUAUUGCCAGCUUCUUAUAAUGAGGAAAUUCUCCAAAGGGAUGAGAUAUAUGAAAUCAUCUUUUUAAAAAAAUUGGCUGGAGAAGAGGUGUUAUAAUCUAGUUCUUAACUGUCCAUUUGCUUUGUAUAAAGGCUUUGAUUUCCAUAUUUGACCACUCAGUAUUUAAAUUAUACAGACUAAUGCCUGCAUAGAAUAAAAUUUAAGUAUGCAAGAGCCUUAAAGUGAAAAAAAAUGAACCUUCUGACUGCCUUAAAAUAUGACUAGCUCUCCAGCACAGGCAUGCAUACUUUGCAUAGGGUCUGUUCACUAAGUGAUGCCUUAAUAGUGUCAGUGUCUCUGAAGUAUAGAACUCGAAGGGUCUUUUACAGCUUUCUCUUUUACAUAAAGAAUGAAAAUUUAACUAUUAAGUUUUAAAACCUGAUUGUACAUUAGUCGUUUAAGCACCCGUUAACAGGAUAAUCUAGGGACACUGAUGUGUUAUACGUAUAUGACUGUUAACAUCAGUAAUAUUUUGUGGUAGUUCAAGGUUUCUAUUGUUUUGUAUAACAAAUUAUCCAAGAAGCUGGACUCUAUGUAACAUGAUCUUCAAGGACCAAGUUGCAUAUUUAAACACUCUGAAUGAAAAAUACAGUUGUACAGUUCCAAAAAUGAUUAAUUUUUUAAGGGAAUUUUUCAAGACAAAAGGCAAAUAUUUUGUUUCAAGCCUACCAGCACAUUCAUUCAAAGAAGUGAAUACAGUUGUAAAACAUUGCAACUGUUGCAAUAAAAAGUAUCCAGGCCAGUGAUGUUUAAUUACAUUCACAUUUUUACAUUCACUUUGCCUUUCAAAGCAGGAAUAUUUUAUAAAAAUGAGAGAAAACUUUAAAUUGUCAAGCUGGUGCUUUAAAGUAUAUAAAGUUUGAUUUAUAACAAGUUCCAUUUCAAAGGAAAAGGAUCCUGAAAGGAGGGGCAGAGGGUUUCCUAGGUCUAUUGAUAAAGUCACUGAUACUUUGUUGAGUCUUCCAAGUUUUCACUGUAAAUAACAUACUUAGCAAUGUAAUUUUGCUGUUUUCUGAUAGAAGAUGGAUGAAAUACUAAUGUAUGAAAUUUAUUUCAUGACAAAACAGUUUUCACCGAUACUGUGAAAUCUGGACUCUCCUUUCUAGUCCUGCAAAACCCCAUACUGGAUAAAUCAUUUUGGACAUGGAGUGCAGGUGGGCACAGUGUGAACUGUUUCUGGUCACUUGUAUUAUUGUAGAAAUUCAUAGAUGUACCAAAUAAACUCUAUGCACAUCAAAUAAUUGUCUUUUCAUUUUUUAAAG